UGAAAACCACGUGCGACCAUGUGCUGCCCGUCGUCACCGCGUUGCGUGAUGACGACGCAACACCGACAUCAGAGGGGGAAAAAAAACAAACGACGAAGACGAUGACGCCAAGCACGCGCAAGCGCUUGCGUGGAAAGACUGCUUAUUUAUUACACAGUGUAUGCGGCACAAAUUAUGAGGCUUACCGACUUGUUCGUCAUCUGUGUAGCUCUGACGCGACCUAGUGGACACCGGCGUGAAAUGAACAAACAUUCGCAUGAAAUAUACACUCGAGGAUUGCCACUUUGAGAGGUGGCAGACGUACUGUACUGUGUUUUAUGGACUCAUAAAAGUGUAAAUACAUUCUGGAAACAAGUAAAUUGAAGCGUCUUCAGUGAACCCUCUCCACCUUUUGGGUCUCAUGGUCAUCAUCGUCGCUGUGGAUGCUGCGCUUCUGUCCUGAUCCAUUUUUCGAGACUUUUGUACGGUCAGGUUUAUGAAAGACUGUGGUUUAGGGUUCACUGCUAAAAAAGACAAUCACUGAAUUUCAGAAACAGAAUCAGAAUCAUCUUUAUUUGCCAAGUAUGUCCAAAAACACACAAGGAGUUUGUCUCCGGUAGUUGGAACCGCUCUAGUACGACAAAUACUAUUUCUAUUUCUGCUCCAUUCUGCUCCACGCAAGUAAUUUGAGGGUUGAAAACAAUUGUUAAGAUAGCAAUGGAUAAAUCCGCUAGUUCUACGUUUCCCAAGGGUAGAGGUGCUUGGCUCAGUGAUAUUGUUGACAGUGGGGGCUUGGAACGUUCAGAGUUCACACUCAAUGGGUUUUCAGAUUCAGGGUUGUGUCAGGGCCCAAGUUGUACUCCUGUCAGGGAGUGUCCCGAAACGUCCACACCCUACAGUGACGUUGAUGCUGUCCACCGCCUCAAAGACAUGGUUGGGCACUUAGGUGCCCAAAUUGGUGAAUCCAUUGUUGCAAAGCUAAUGUUAGCUGGUGUUGUGAACACAAAUUCUGAUAGCCAGACUGCCUCUCCUACCCUGAGUACACAAGUACACAAUGACAAUGACAGAGACCUACAGACAUUUACAGGCGAUGGCACUGACAAAUACUCGGUCCAGGACUGGAUUGACAUGACUGAGACUCACCUCAGGAAGCAAGCUACUCCUGUGUGUGACAAGGCAAAUGAGAUCAUGCAUCUUUUGCUGGGCAAGGCCAGGAAUGUUGUGAAGAUUGCCUCAUGUAGUGAUCCUAAAGUUGAUGUUAAAAAGAGGCCUGAACUGAUACACAAUGUUCUUCUUCACUAUUUUGGUGACACUCCUUCAUGUCUCCCUCUUUCUGACUUUUAUGCUGUCCUGCCCAAGCGUACUGAAAACCCAGUUGACUACUGGUUAAGGCUGAAUAAAGCAGCAGAUCUUGCUCUUGAAGGCCUGUGCAGACAAGGGAGGCAUUCUGAGAACAUGAAUGAAGAAGUGGCUUUCAUGUUUGUAAAACACUUCCCCGACCCAGAGUUCUCCAGUGUCUUAAAAUUGAAGCCAAUUCAUGAGUCGACCUCACACGAUGUCCAGCUGAGAAUUGAUGAUUAUAAGAGAGAGUUGAGAGUCAGUGGGAGAACCUACGGUGCUGCACAGGUGAAAAGCCACCUUGCCGCCAUUAGCUCUGCGCAGCCCAGUGCGCCACCAUCGUGCCCGGCAGCAUCUGAGGACGUUUGCACUCCGAGUCCUUCAACUUCGUCUCUGCAAGCCCAACAUCAUGCGUGUCACGGUCCCUGCCAUUCUGUGGCAUCAGUCCAAGUUCAAGGUGUGUCGCAAUAUGAUAAAAUCCAAUCCUUCGUUCCAGUUGUUGCUCAAAAUCUGCAACAGUCGGAGGAGAGAUUGCUCAAUCGCAUGGUUGACACGUUUCAGAAGAUGAUGGAGAAAAUGGAACAGUGCAACACUUCUCAUCCAAAUUGCGGUGGGAGUUUCCAGCGUGUCCCUCGGGAUAGACGCCAGCGAGAAGAGAGUUGAAAAGUGUGUGAUGACACAAACCACAACACAAUUUCACACUGUAUGUCUGACAGACUGCGCUUUGCUUGCCACACCAGACUCAACUGCACUGUUAAAAAAAUCCCCCCAAUCUCAAUCUCAGGUAAACUAGCUGACCUGUAUUCAGAGGGAGGCACUAGAGGUCACACCAAGAACUCUCCAAAUGACAACAUUUCUGAUGCUGAGACUGUUUACUCAUAUGUGCAAUGACUCUAAAGUUGUGAAUAAAAAUAUUCACAGGUUUGGCAACGGUGACAGUCUCUUCUAAACAGGUGUUGAUGUGGGUGGGACUGUGGAAAUGGGCAGAAUGUUUUAUUUUGGCUCGAUGGUGUGCAGCAAACCAAAGUGUGCUUUUGAUGUGGAAAUGGAAGUGUAUGUCUGUAAAAUGUGCGUCCCCAUACUCGUUCUUCCUGAUGCACCUCCUGCAUCGGUCCAAGUUAUGAGAGUUCUCCUGGAAAACGGUGUCUGGAAUGUUUCCUGUCAGUUCUCUCUGGUCUGAACCCAUGGAAACUUUCCUGACAGUAUCGGCACAGUCAGGUGUAACUCAGCGACCUGCCUCGAGCCUGGCUAUGAAUAUCUCAUUUGGGGUAAAGCGCACAGCUGACACACAGUUGUCUCCCUUGGCAAUAAAGUUCUGACAGAGCUCCCAGCGGCAUUUUGGUCGAAAGGAUUGCCACUUCACUGUGGGGAGACAGACGGGUCCCGUUAAAGCUCAUCAAUACUGUACUGUACAUCUGAAAAACCUGUGCUGUCAAGGUGCCACGCAAACCUCGUUGAUGUUUUCCCUACAACAGCCUAACUGCACUUGAGGACACAGAUGUUGCUGAACGCUCAAAGGUUCCCUUUGCCAGCUGCGCCACCCAUUGCAGGAGCAAGCACUGUCGGAGACAAGCUUCCAUCAUUUGGGCGAAGUGCGGUUGACAUUGAGUCAUGUGAGUUGUCGGAAGACUACAAGAGGAGAAUGGCUGAGCUUGUUUUGCAGUACGAGGAUGUCUUUUCAAGCCACCAUCUUAACUGUGGGGAGGCGAAAGGGUUUGUGAACCACAUUCAUCUGCCAAUGCAUUCAGGCUGCUGUACAGGAUAGUGCCCCCUGGCCAAAACCAGAAAUUGCAACAAAUAUUGAGUGGAAUGGAACAGAAGGAAAUGAGAAUGCCUCACUAUUGGUGCUUGAUAUGAGGGGUGGGGGUGGGGGGAAUGGCGAUCAAAUGUACAGAUUUUCGCUGGUUGAACAAGAGGACACUGAAGAACGCCCAGCUGCUUCCUCACCAGAUGGAUUGUCUUGCGGAGCUGGGAGGAAACUGUGUUCAGCACGAUGGAUUGGACCUCCGGGUUCUACAACAAGCCACUCCAAAAGGACGAUAGCAAGUAUUCAGCCUUGACCAAACCCAUGGGCUUGUAUGAGUACAACUGUCUGCCACAGGGCCUCUGUAAGAGACUUGGGAGCUUCAUGCGUAUGAUGAACAGCAUUUUGUGAGACCAAAUCUGAGUCUGCUGUGUUACUUAGAUGAUUUGCUGGUGAUGAGGAAACUGCCUUGCAAUGACUGGAGACGGUGUUUGGGAGACUACGUAGCAUACCUUGAAGCUGUCCCCCCAAAAGUGCUCAAUCCUUAGGAGAUCUGUGAAGUUUCUUGGACACAUACUUGACAGGAGUGGCGUGUUGAUAGAACCCACUAAAAGGUUGAGAACAUCACAAAUGAAAGCUGCUGACCUCAUGGAGUCUGAUGGCGUGACCCCAUCCCAGAAGCGGGUGAGAGAUAAGCGUUGCUCUCAUAUCACUCCAUCCUCACGAGAUUCAUUUGAUGUUGCAUUUCUGAUGAGGAGCCCUCGUAUUCUGAGAUGUUUUAGAUGAUGUAUACUGUGUAGUAGGUGCUCGUAUUCGAUCAUAUUCAGUGGGUGUUAAGUGUAAUGGAGUUAAACAUUGUACAUAAUUAUUUUGCUUCCUAACGUUUGGAUGUCAUUAAUCAUUUCAUGGUUAUUUUGAGUAUUUGUGAAUUUAAUCUCAAUGAGUUUUGUUUUCCUUUCCCCCCCUACUCAUGGUUCUUUUAUUAUUUGCUGUGGAAUCUGCUGUGCUCUGCUUCCAUCAUACAUGUUGGCCGUCUGUAGUGUAGAGAGGACUUCAGAAGGCAAUUGAUGUGCUGUGAUGU